AUGCACGGAAAAGCAUUAAUUAGUAUGAUCAUACUGGCCACGGCCGGAGCCAUCGAUACUAUUCCAAAAGAAAGUCGUCGAGUAGUUAUCGAGUUUUAUGACCUGAAAACAAAUCUCUCUUUUAAAUAUCCUACUGUUUCGCUUCAUACUCUACCAGAAAGUGAGGCAAGGUUUGUGUUCAACGGCAACAACUGUACGUGUGCCGAUUUAAACUGCGUAUGUUGCAUGGGGAUGCGCAUAGAACAAAUGAAUUUCAAUCGAAAAUUUUGCAGUAGUUUCACUUACAAGCCGUACGAUUUCGCCAUUGACAUGGAGGUGCUCAUGAACGAUACAUUGAUCUAUUGGAAUUCCCUCUCAGCUAAGAAUCCUCCGCCGUUUUGUUUGCCAAUUCCGAUACCAUACAUACCACUGAAUGCAAACUUGUGCUUGAAGCUGUUCGAUAUCUACAUGCCUAGACAGAAUCUUCACAUGUGCCUAGAUGUUGAGGCUCGAGUUUGGUCGUACCCGUUGUUGAUUCUUCACUUCGAAUGUAUGAGGAUGGGGGUGGAUGGACUUUUAUGGCUUAAACCUUCCGACGGAGAUGGGUUCCCAGAGCCAGAGGAAAUCAUUGACUCCUACGAUGAAGUAACUGAAGAAAAACUCGAUGCACAUUAGUUGGUGACAUUCAUACCAUCUAUUCAAAGCAUAAUAAACAGCUGAUUCCUCACAUAACAACAAUCUGCAAACUGCUCAACUACCUCAGCGUACUUUGACUACUUCUUGGCCGGUUCCUUGCUGCCAUAAGUCAUGCCAACACCUAUGAUUAACGCAACGACUGUGAACCCUUGAGCCAAAAUACGAGCGCGCAUCAUAUACUGCGACAUCUGAGAUCGGCCCUUUCGAAAAUUCCAUAAUCCUAGACCAAGGGCCGUUAGCGUUGCUACACAGCCAAUUGGUACCAAUGGGUUUUCAUUGAUCUUCCGGGCCAUUUUCUCCCUGGUCGUUUCGGCGUGUACUCCGGCGAAAUCUUUGCGCAUCUGUAUCCAGUCUAAUUCGCUUUCCGCCGAGAGCUCCGAGGGAGCAGUUCCAGUUGAAACUUUUGCCAUAGUUUUGUGUUGUCUGCAGAGUGUGUGUGUUCUAUAGGGAAGCCAAGUUUGAGUUGCUAGUGAAACAAGGCAUGAAAUAAACGAACACUGUGUAUAACUUACAUAAAGUAAAACAAA